CUGAAAAUAUAUUUUUUGUUCAAGUAUAGUUUUUUUUUUCUUUUAAUUACUUUUACGUGAUAUAUUUACUAUUUAAAUAGUAUUAUGGAUAUGAAGAUUAGUCAUUAUUUCUGUGAUAAUAGAUGAUUAUUAUUUAUUUUUAAUAAAAGCAGAAUAAAAUACAUCAAGAUUAUCAAGACGAAUUGGUAAGGUUGAAAAUGUCACUUAUUCAACCUUGUAAAGAUACAAGCGAAGCUGUGGAGUUGUGCACACAAUACGGAUUAUAUCUGAAGCCAAUUGCUAAACUGAAUAUCUGUGUUCAAUUACCAGCUCUUAAAACACCUGGAAAAAGUAUAUCCAACUGGGAAGUGAUGGAAAAAGUGAAAAAGAUGAUAAAACCAGAAGAGUUUAUUGUUCUUAAAGUUACAAAAACUAGUUUAGAAUUUAUUCGAUUUGAAGGAGAAUUAGAGAAUAAGAGUGUACUGAAAACAGUAAUUUCUAGACUGGAUGGAAACACAAUGAAGCUUAGCGGGUUUUCAGAUGUUCUAAAAAUCAGAGCAGCUGAAGCCAAAAUUGCUUUUCCGACUAGACAUGACUGGGAUUCUUACUUUCGCGAUGCCAAGAAUAUGAAUGAAAUGAAGCCCGGGGAACGACCGGACACUAUAUUUUUUAGUGGAUUGCCUUCGAAAUGGUUUUCUGAUAAAAAGCAGGACAACAAUAAACCAAAUGAGCAUAUCUUGAAGAAAGUUUUUAGUGUUUUUGGAGAAAUUAGACAUACAGAUAUUCCGAUGCUAGAUCCGUAUUAUAAAGACAUGAAUAAAACUGUUGGAGUUAUACAAACGUUUUCAUUUUCACAGGAUCUUACGUUUGAAGCUUAUGUUCAAUUUAAUGAAUAUAUGGGAUUUGUUAAAGCUAUGGACGCAUUGCGUGGCAUGAAGUUAAUGUAUCAGUCACAAGAUGGAAAAGCACAUUGUGCAAAUAUUAAGAUUGAUUUUGAUAAAACUAAGCAUUUGAGUGAUAAAAACAUUAAAAAAAGACGUUCUGAGAGAGAGAAACUUCUGGCCCUUGAAAAAGAAAGAGAAGAGAGAGUUAAAAAGGAGAGAGAAGAAGAGGAGAAACGUAGAAAGGAAGAAAGAAAAAAGCAAGAAGAUAAUGAACAAGAGAGAGAAAAAAAGAGGAUAGAAAAAUUAAGAAAACGUGAAGAACGAAGGAAAAGACGCCAAGAAAAACAUUCCUUAAAAGAAAAGAAAAGAAAAGAAGAAAGAAGAGCUUAUGAAAUUUGUCUUGAAGAACGUCGUAAAUUAAUAGCACAAAGAAAAUUAGAAACAAUUAGACUUCUUACAGCAAUAUUUGAGAGAGCAAAGGAUAUGAUAGAAAAAGAAGAAAUGGAAAAAAGAGAAAGAAAAUUAAAAGAAGAAAGAUUAAAGCAAAUUCAAUUAGAAGAAAGAAAAAAGGAGUUGAUGCAAAAACAAGAGGAACAGCAGAGACAAGAGAAGCUGAAAAAGCAAGAACAGAUAUUAAGAGAUGCCUUACUUCGUAGUAUGAAAGCAAGAGAAGAAAAACAAACAGAAGAAUUAAGGGAAAAAUUGAGAAGAGAACUAGCUGGAAAGAAUGUCUUAAAAAGUGUUCUUGUAGCAGUUCAACCAAAAAUGCAGCCUGUUGUAUCAAGCACAAAUUCUAAAAACGAGAAAGAAAAACUUCAUAGGUGACAGGCUGUUUUUUAGUUUUAUUAGAAAAUUGAAAACAUUACAAAUAUUUUAAUUUUUAAAAAUAUGUUUAUUUUUCAUUUUACAAUCUUAAC